CUUCCAAUUCUUCUUCAUUUUCAAGUUAAUUUGCGUUUUCCGGCGACAAAAAUUAGAUUUAAGCAGUUUACCAUGUGGGUGGAGAUCAUCUGCGGAUAUUUCUUUUACCGCUUGUUCCGCCGCUUCUUCUACUGCUCCGACGACGUUUUGGACUUGGAAACCUCUGAUUUCAAUGCCAUUUUCUCCGUCGCUAAUAGACUUGAACAGCUUUAUGGUGGAAAGGUGUACGCGGGGCUUCGUAUUCCGGAUGCUGACACUGGUUCUCUACAGAAUAUAGAUAUUGUUCUUGUUACUAAAGGAGAAGCAGCAGUUAUUUCUGUCAAAAAUCUAGCAGGCUUCGUUUCUGUAAAUGAGGACUUUAGCUGGACUUGUGAUGGUGGCAGUACCAAGGCUGUGUGCCAUCCUGAUCCUGUUUCAAAGGCUAAAGAACAAGCUUCAGUACUUGAAUCAUAUAUUGAACAAAGGGGAGUUACUGUACCAGAAGGAUAUUUUUCGUACAAAGUUGUAAUUCCGAAUCCAAAAUUCCGUACCUUUUAUAAAAAAUUUCCAUCCGAGGUUAUCACUUAUGACCAUUGGGUGCAAUUAAAACCAGAACCGAAAAGCAUGUUUCCUGGAUGGAUUAAAAGUGCCUUUCGUGGUGGGAAGAAGGAGAUGCAGGAAUCUUUUCAUGAACAUCUUAACUUUAUUCUCAGCACAGCUCCGACGUGGGACAGGAUGGAGCUUGAAGAUAACAAGUAUGUUCUUGGAGAAUUUCUGGAAUUUAAAGGGAAGCAAGAGGAUAUCCUACCUUUGAGAAUUAUCAAAAGAUCAAAAGUUAGUCGCCUUAUCAUCCAAAAGAAGAUUAGCAUGUUUGGAUUAGCCCAUUCAAAGCUUCAGGUUUUGUACUGUCCUCGAGAUUAUCGAAGUGCAAGAGCUUCGGCUUCCGAGUGGGAGGAAGUAACUGUAGGAUCGAGUACAGAGGUCGUAUUCCAGCCUCAAAAUUCUACUAAAGUCCACAAAUUCAAGAUUUCUUCGAUCACGUCUCUAUCUCUAAGUGCCUGAGGAUGUAUCCUUUGAAU